GGAACGAGGAAUUGUUUUUGUUCAGGAACAGAGGCCAGGCAGGCCGACCAGUUUGAUAGAUUUCCUGGACAGCAUUAUUUUCUGAAAUACCUCGAAUGAAUGUUGGGAAUAAUUUUCUGUUUCCUGCGGAAACAAGUCAUGAUGUUGAAGCGUGAAAGGAUGAAAGGAAUUUCAUACUCAAUUAGAAGAAGUGUUAAAACUGGUUCCAAAAAGCAGCCUACUCUUAUUCCAGUUCAUGGCAUUGUGUUUGAUCUGGAUGGCACCCUUACUUUACCAGUGCUGGACUUUGCUAAGCUCCGGAGUGAUCUUCAGUGCCCUAAAGGUGUUGAUAUCUUACAGUUCUGCAAUUCAAAAUCCGGAAGCGAAAAGGAAAUGGCUCUCCAACUGGUGGAGGAAUUUGAAGAGGAAGGAAGAAAGAAUACAAAGCUGCAACCUGGUGUAUUUGAACUGCUUAAAUUUUUGUCACAAUGUGGACUGAAAAGAGCUCUUAUAACAAGGAAUUUACAGGCAUCUGUUGAUCAGUUUUUGGACUUGUUGGGACAUCCUGAUAAUUAUGGUGGUCCACUGACUCAUUUCCUCACUCGUGACUUCACUCCACCCAAACCUGACCCAGCUCCUCUUCUACACAUUUGCAAGGAAUGGGGAGUGCAUCCAAGGAGUGUUGUUAUGGUUGGAGAUCACCUUAAUGACAUACAGUGCGGCAAAGAUGCAGGAUCAGUGACAGUGUUGCUAAAUGAUUCAAAGAAUGGUGACUUCAAGAAGUAUGCUGACUUCAAUGUGGACUCUUUAAAUGAGAUUGUCAAUCUGAUUACUUCCCAAGAGAGGUUUUAUGUUGACAGAGAAGAUUCUAAUACAGGCACAUAGAUGAUCAGUUGUAAUUACUUUAGCAUACCCAGUAGCUGAAUUUUGUCCAUCUGAUUUGUUAAGAAGACACUCAGAGCAUUUGUUCAGAUUUUCUCGCUGACACCCUUAACAUCUGCCACCACGUCUCAAAUAUUUUGAUCAGGGGGACAGUAUGUUCCAGAGGGACUACCAUAAAAAAUGACAGGGAUGCUCAUCGGAAAUUUUGAAAAGAACGCCUAAGAGGAUUCUCUUCCAUGGGCAUGGCUUGAAAUUUUUCCACCCCUAAGAGAUGCCAAUUCUAAAACAACACAUUAUCUUGUGUCAUAUUUUUUCAGCUUAAUACCCUAAAAGGUACCACGAAAGCUCCCGAUGUGGACUUUUUGAGACUGAACACUCUAAGAGGU